CACGGUCUUUAACUUUGGCGGGAACUUUAACACGUGAUCAUUCACUCCACGYGAUCUAAUUAUCACGUGAUAGCGUUCUUCUUCAGAAAGCGCGCGCUUUUUGGAAAUUCCUUCGAGUUUGUUUAGUUUUUACAAAUCUUAAAUAAAUGGCUACUGAUAUCGACGAUGACGAAGUUUUUGAGGUGAAAACUAUWUUAAAAAGGAGAAUGAAUAAUGGGAUGGUAGAAUACCUUGUCAGUUGGAAAGGUUUUGGGCCUGAAGAUAAUACWUGGGAGCCYGAGAAAAAYCUUAAUGGAUGCCGAGCACUCUUAAGGGAUUAUCUGAGAUCCAUGAAACCUAAAGACUUUUCACCCAAAACAACGAGACGAAGAACUAUAAAUCUACCUACAACAAAUGCAAAAGAGAAUGACUUUUUUACAAGAAUAAAAUCCCCAGGAAGAAAAGCUCAACCAAAAGUUCUCCACAUGAAAGAGCCUCCACCACCAAGCCCUCUGGGACCUAAAACAAACAAAACAAGGAUAUUUGAAGAAGAAAAGACAAGCAUUCAAGAAGAAAAGCAGAGUGUCACUCGGACAAUAACAAGAAAACAAACCAAGGUCCAAAACAGUGAACAACCAGUACAAAUCAACAGCAAUGGUCUCAGGACAUUCGUUUUUCUUGCUCUUUUUCUGUUCUUUGUGAUUCUUUUAGCUUUUUUUUUUAAACCAGUAGAAACAAGAUAGUUUKAUCUUGCUAUUUCUUAUUUUUAGUAAACCGUUUUUAAAGACUGUGCUUUCAUAAUUGUGUGAUGUCAAAAGGCCAAUACUCCAUUUUACAGUUUCAUUCGGUGACCACCAAUAAUAGUUCCAAGUCGAGGUUGGAGUUUCAGCUCAUAGCAAAGCUAUAGUUUAUCAUGCGCAAAAACUCCAACCUCGGCUUGAGACUAUUAUUCAUGGUCACUGAACAAAACUGAAUGGAGUAUUUAGAUGGUACAACUUUUUCCUGCAAUAUUGACAGUGGCACAUGACAGACUUAGGACAUGUUUUAGCCGUUAUUUACACACACACAUUUCUAAUUAGCUUAAAAUGGUGUGCAAUAGUCCCAUUUACAGUUCCCUGCGCCAUCUUGAAAGGUAGCYGUGCCUUUGAAUCGAAGCGAGACAAAUGGUGAGCUAGCAAUGAUAGAGACAUGUGAA